ACGGUGCACCCUCCUCAACUUGCUCUCGAACACCCGCGGUCCCCUUAACCUCGUCGCUGCUGCCUGGUCUAGCACUCUGCAGCUUGGGAACACCGAAAUUGGCCGACCAUAGCGGCCCGGAGACCCGCACCGCGUCAUGUCGUCUUCAGUCUCUCAAUUCGCCCCUCUUCCCCCAAUCCGCUCGUCACUCUUCAAUAACCCUCCAGACACGGUCCCGCCCACAGACGAACUCGAGCUGCUGCAUGCAGAGCUUACCGCUUUUAAAGCGAAAAGUUUGGAACGCGCCAAGAAGGCAGGAGAUGACAUUCGAACAAUUGAGGAAUCCAUGCGACGGCUCAAGGAGAAGGAGAAGGGGAAGGCCAAGGCAAUACAGAAAGCAGAGAGGGAACGUGCUUCUGUAACGCCGUCUAUCAACGGGAAUGACAGUCGGGCGUCCGCCCAGCCGCUCUCUCAGCAGCCUCUCAGGAACCGACCAUCCUCUUUACCUGCGCCUCCCAUACCGACUCCUCAGCCAUCAUUCGACGCGCGGAGACAGAUCGCCGAGGAACUAAAGAAGAAGGAUAAGAAGAAGAAACGGAAACGAGAGGACUCGAGUGAUAUCGAACCAGAACCCCCCAAACUACGGAAACCUUCCCCGCUCCCGGCGCAUACGCAUCCACAUCCUCCGCCACCACAAAAGGGCAACAAGUAUCCCUCUACCUCCAUCGCAUUCUCCAAGGUCAGUACUCUCGGUCGCACCCGCUAUCACGACCUCUCAACACACGCACCCGGGCAGCCGGCAAAUGCUCCCGAUUUCAACCUGCCCGCCUCAGUUUCGUUACUUCCUCCACGCCCACCAGUGGCGCCACGGCCAGUACCGGGGCCGAGCAAGCCGACCGAGGUCAUGGAGGACUUCAGCAAGAGCAAGCAACCCAGCCAAGUGCUCGUCACCACCUUCUACUCGAGCAUAGAGCCUUGGCUACGGCCCAUCAAAGAGGAGGACAUCGGCUUCCUUCAGUACACUGCGGACGAAGUCGAGCCGUUCAUUAUGCCGAAGCUGGGGCGACAUUACUCAGUUGUCUGGGAGGAAGAAGACAUCGCCACCUACGGUAUGCCGCUACCGGGGACGGCUGCAGUGCGCGCGAGCUCACUCGCGGGGCCGUCGAACGUUCUGCCAAAGUGGGAGCCAUCGACACUGGCCGAGCCGGACCUGCUCACAGAGGAGCGCGGGCAUGGCCCGCUGACGGAGCGAGUGGUCAGCGCGCUGAUACCGAUGCACGAUGUGACCGAGUGGAAGGGCGUGAAGGCGGCGGAGGAGGCGAUGGAGGGGCGUCCGGGGACGAACGGCGCUGCUGCCGCGGCGGCGCGUGAUAAGCUGAACGUGGCGGAUCUGGAGGAGCGGAUGAAAGUCGUGAUGCGGCACCAUGGGCUGCUAGAGGAGAUUCCCGACUACUCGGAAGCGGUCGACGACCCGAUCGCCACCGCGCUCCGUCAUGCACAGCGGGAGCUGCGGACUGUUCUUGCCACCAACAAGGCGCGUCGCGCGCGGCUGGCCGCUAUCGCCGAGGACCGCCUCGCCUAUCAGGAGUAUGUCGACAGCCGCGACGCCGUCGACAAGCAGAUCGCCAGUCUCUACUCCAAGUAUCAGAAGAAAGACGGCCCCAAAGUGAACAAAAAGAAGAAACAGAAGGGCGACCCCCCACCCGGCGCCCUGAACGGCUCGUCGGGCCUCACGGGCACGGCCGCCCUGCCCCCGUGUCCGGCCGCACUGGGACUCAGCCCCGACGAGCGCAACCAGCUGCACGUCCCAGAACAGCUGUCGGAGCUCGUGCGCGUCCGGCGCAACUGGGUAGACGUCGUGGGCGGUGUGUUCGAGGAGAAGGAGCGCAACCAGCCCGGGCGUAUAUGGGGUCUUCCUCCGGAGAGCAUAUUCGAGGGCGUCGAGGAGGAGGUCCGUGCGGAGCUCGAGCGCGUGUUGCCCAGGGGUGCUAGCUCGUCUGCAGGCUCGCGGUCCGCGCCGAGGAUUAAUGGCCAUGCGCAGCCUAACGGGAGGGUCAACGGCGUUCACUCACGGACAAGUACUACGGGCUCGAAGGGCAAAGGCCGGGCGGGGGAGGAGAUGGACCUCGGCUGA